CUGUCUAUAGCUACAUAUUUUGCCUGAAAUAAAUAGGUUUUCUUGCAAUUCAAAGGUACUCCUAGUCACAAGCAUACUGGGAUGACAAUGACAUGAAUAUCUAGCCUCAAUUCUUGUUAUUUGGCUCAUUGUGCAUGCAGAUUUUUUUGGUAGUAAAUAUAGAUGUAGCUACACACUACUGACCUCAUACAUGAAGUAAACUAAACCAACUGAGCAAACCAAACAUGUUUAUUUUGAUUUGGCAACUGAGCCAUAAAAGUAGUUUGUGGUAUGCAUAGUAAGAUUUAUGCAUGGCAAUAGCUUCAAAAGAACCAUCUUAGCAAUAGAUCUAAAUAUUAAAAAUUAACUAUAAUAUUAAAUCCACCAUUUAUUUAAAUGGAUGGCCAAUUACAUAACUGUUAAUUUUUGUAAAGAGUCAUGAUACAGAAACCUUUAACAAUGCCAGCAUCAAUUACACUGGAUUUCAUAGCAAUAUUACUGGAAUAAGCCAAAACUGCACCAGACUAUCAUGGAGUCAGGAUAAUGAUGCUUCAGAAUGUCAUGAGUAUACUGGAACUGCUUGUAGAAACUUCUUACAUCAAUGGUUUCAAUGUACCAUUGGAGAAGGUGAAUUGAAUAUUGGAGUAAGUCAACAAGAACAAAAUCAACACGAACAAACGAUGACAUCACUCAGUACUUAUUUUGAAUUCUACAAGCAAUGUCAACAACAAUCAUCAGCUUUUAUAUGUCAAUAUUUCUUUCCUCUUGCUGAUUGCUCAACUGGAAAAUCUUACAAGGCUACCAAGGAAGACUGCCUCCUCAUAAGUACAGGUGUUUGUUCAGACCUGUGGACACUAGCAAACAACUUUAGCUAUGGCUCACUCUUACCUGAUUGUUCUACACUACCAAAUGCUGUCAAUGACUCAUCUUCUGUCACAAUUCCAAUUGAAGGCAUGAAUGAUACCAAUGGUACUGAAGGUAUAAUGUGCAGAGAAGAUUUUGUUAAAACAGAUUUAAUGUGUGAGCCAAGAUGUGACAGUUUUGAACAAAGCUCUCAUUUAGACUCACAAAUACUGAUAUAUUCAGAAGUUGUUGCAAUCAGUAUAAUCCUAACACUCUGCAUUGUUACCAUUAUUGUUGCUGUAAAGGAAUAUAAGAUAUUGCUAGCAUAUCCCUCUGUAUUGGUGCUUUUUCAAAUCAUAGACACGAUUGUAUUGGGUAUAGUAGCACUCAUAACAGCUAUUUAUCGGUAUAAAUUAUAUUGUGGUUCAGUUAGUCUAUUGGAAACAUUAAAUAAUCCAACUCUUUUUUGCAAAUUUUCAGGGCAUCUAACCAAUAUAGAAGCAAAAUCUGACAAGUUUGAAGCAGCUUUAAUGCAAUAUUUUGAAUGUGAGGCAUUUGGUCACAUCCCUGGAAAGUGUGACAGAGGAACAUUUGAAAAGAUAUAUAACCCUUACAUGAGUGCUAUUGCAUACAUACUAAUGA